CACCAGAUGGGUUCACAAGAAAACUUCAUCACCAAAACCAUGAACCCACUAGACCCCGAAGAAUUCAGGAGACAAGGCCACCUACUCGUUGAUUUCCUAGCAGACUAUUACAAGAACAUCGAGAAAUACCCGGUCCGAAGCCGAGUCGAACCGGGUUAUCUCCGGCAACGUUUGCCAGAGUCAGCCCCAAACAACCCUGAACCCAUUGAAACAAUUCUCCAAGAUGUGGAGACUGAUAUUAUUCCUGGCCUAACACAUUGGCAAAGUCCCAACUUCUUUGCUUACUUUCCAAUAAACACAAGCAUUGCUGGUUUUCUAGGCGAAAUGCUCUUAUCCGGCUUUAAUGUGGUCGCAUUUAAUUGGCAAUCGUCACCGGCUGCGACUGAGCUGGAGAAUAUAGUCAUGGAUUGGCUUGCCAAGUUGCUCAAGCUUCCAAAGUCAUUCCAUUUCAGUGGUGGAGGUGGCGGUGUCAUUCAUGGUGGUACUUGUGAGGCCAUUGUGUGCACCCUAACCGCCGCCAGAGAUCAAAAGCUAAGCCAAAUUGGUAAAGAAAACACAGGGAAGCUAGUCGUUUAUGGCUCCGAUCAAACCCAUUCUUCAUUCCUGAAAGCAGCUCACAUUGCCGGUAUCCACCCCAAGAAUUUUCGAGCAAUCUCAACGACAAAAUCUAUGGAAUUCGGGCUAUCUCCAGACUCAUUGCUGUCCACAAUACUGUCAGAUGUGAAAAUGGGUUUAAUCCCAUUGUAUAUAUGUGCCACAGUUGGGACUACCUCAUCAAAUGCUGUUGAUCCAUUAGGACCAAUAUGUGAUGUUGCAAAACAACAUGGCAUAUGGGUUCACGUGGACGCGGCGUAUGCCGGGAGUGCAUGCAUAUGCCCGGAGUUCAGGCGCUUCAUUGAUGGAGUAGAAGGAGCAACCUCAUUUAGCUUCAAUGCACACAAAUGGUUGUUGACUGGCCUUGAUUGUUGCUGCCUUUGGGUUAAAGACCCAAGUGCCCUUGUCAAGGCUCUCUCAACAUACCCCGAAUACUUGAGGAACAAGGCCACUGACUCAAAGCUGGUGGUGGACUACAAAGACUGGCAAAUAGGCCUAAGCCGGCGAUUUCAAGCCAUGAAGCUAUGGAUUGUGCUAAGAAGCCAUGGUGUGACUAAACUAAGAAACUAUAUAAGAGGUCAUGUUGAAAUGGCCAAGCAUUUUGAAGGGUUUGUAGCAAGUGACAAGAGGUUUGAAGUUGUGGUGCCUAGAAAUUUUGCUAUGGUCUGUUUUAGGGUUUUGCCAUCAGCAAUAUGUUGUGAUGAUGGUUACAAGGGUUUGUUCAAUGGGGAAUGCGCUAACGAGUUGAACCGCGAGUUAUUGGAGUCCGUCAAUGGGUCGGGCCGAGUCUACAUGACUCAUGCAGUGAUCGGAGGGGUCUAUGUGAUCCGAUUUGCCAUCGGUGCGACGCUUACCGAGCAUCGGCACGUGAACCUGGCCUGGAAGGUGGUGCAGGAGCAUGCAGAUGCCAUGCUUAAUUAGUAGGUUCUAAAGAAUGUGAACUGCUGUUGAGGGUUUGGUCCAGAGGUGGAAUGGAAAUAAAAGGAUACUACAAAUUAUGAAGUUUCUAUAUUGUAUUAGUUCUUGUUUGUGUCUUAAAUUUGAUAUUCAGUGUGAAGAAAUUUUUGUUCAAUUCUUUUGAAAAUAUAAAGGAAUUAUUCAAAAUUAUAAAACAAUUAUUGAGGAGCCUUCAACAGAGGCUAAAUAAAAUUCAUGUAAGUGACACAUCUUGGAAUUCGAAAAGAUAUACAGCACCUCUUCUCUCUUUUUAAACUUGCUCCUUUUUGUUUUUUUUUUUUUUUUUGGGGUGUCGUCACUAUCCAUAGAUUGCUAUUAUGUCUCAACAAUUGUUAACAAAAAUUAGAAAUUUCAGUAAGGAUUUAAUUAUAAGAACUUUGUUCCAUUUUUCUUGAUCUUUCGUUUGAUAUCCAUUUUUGAAAUAC